CCUCGUGCGGCUGAUCGAUCACUCCAGCCACGGGUCAUGGUCAGAUUUAAUGACGUGGAUUCGGGACUUGUGGAGCCAGGAAUUGUUUGCAGCUGUCAGAUGGUGUGUCGUUGCCCAGGAAGCGGAAGCAUGCGGCCUUCGUCCUAGGUUAAGUUGCCAGAUUAAGCUGUGGGGUGGACGACUCGUAAUUUCGGCGGUCUCCAGUGCUCAUCAAACAGACAAAAGAGAUCGAGGCAGUGCAGGCGUGAGAGAGGUCGUCUUGUAGCGCACGCGCACGACA